UUAAAGGUUCUUGAGACAGCUGAUGAUUUGGGAGAGGUUACUGAAACUGUUGAUUAUUAUGUACAUGGAAGUACAAUUGCUGCAGGUAACUUAUUUGGAAGGAGACGAGUUAUUCAGAUAUACGCAAAGGGUGCACGUAUACUAGAUGGUUCUUACAUGACCCAGGAAUUGAAUUUUGUUGCACAUAAUUCUGAGCAAACGUCUAGCGAAUUGCCGACAGUGGCGUCUGUUUCUAUAGCUGAUCCUUAUGUGUUAUUGAAAAUGACUGAUGGAAGCAUUCAAUUGCUCCUUGGAGAUCCUGCCGCUUGCACUGUUUCUCUUAAUGCCCCUGCUAUAUUUUCAAGCUCAACAGAACCAAUAUCUGCAUGUACACUUUAUCAUGAUAAAGGACCGGAACCGUGGCUUCGAAAGACGAGCACUGAUGCAUGGCUUUCUACUGGUGUUGCCGAGCCAAUUGAUGGGAAUGAUGGAUCAUAUCAUGACCACGGUGACAUAUAUUGUUUAGUUUGUUAUGAAAAUGGCAAACUUGAAAUUUUCGAUGUGCCUAGCUUUAAAAGUGUUUACUCUGUGGACAACUUUGUUUCUGGAAAGACUUAUCUGGCGGAUACAUAUACUAAAGACCCCAACAAAUAUCCUGAUACUAAAGGCUAUCUAAAUAAGGAACCAGUGCAGAAUAUGAGAGUGGUCGAGCUGGCUAUGCAAAGGUGGUCUGGCCGAUACAGUCGUCCUUUUCUUUUUGGAAUGCUGAGUGAUGGGACAAUUCUUUGCUACCAUGCUUACUUUUACGAGGGUACAGAAAAUGCUGUAAAAGGUGGAGAUCCAGUUUCCCCUCGUGGUUCUGCGGACACAAGUAGUAUGAGCAUUUCAAGGCUGAGAAAUUUGAGAUUUCUUCGUGUUUCUAUUGAUAUCACUACACGAGAAGAAAUGUUGAAUGCUGUGAGUAGGCCAAGAAUUACUGUAUUUAAUAAUGUGGGAGGCUAUCAAGGUUUGUUUCUUAGUGGUUCAAGGCCAGCAUGGCUCAUGGUCUGCAGAGAACGGAUUCGGGUACAUCCGCAGCUAUGCGAUGGUUCCAUAGCAGCUUUUGCUGUUCUUCACAAUGUAAAUUGCAAUCAUGGUCUUAUAUAUGUUACAUCACAGGGUUACCUAAAAAUUUGUCAGCUGCCGUCGUCAUUUAACUAUGACAACCACUGGCCAGUUCAAAAGAUUCCUUUGCUGGGCACUCCACAUCAAGUCACCUAUUAUGCCGAAAAGAAUCUAUAUCCACUUAUUUUAUCUGUUCCUGUUAUCCGUCCUUUAAAUCAGGUCCUUUCAUCUCUGUUGGAUCAAGAAAUGAGCCAGCAGAUAGAUAACGACAACUUCAAUUCUGAUGAUCUGCAAAAGACUUAUAGUGUUGAUGAAUUUGAGGUCCGAAUAUUGGAGCCAGAUAAAUCUGGUCACUGGGAUACUAAGGCUACUGUUCCAAUGCAGACCUCUGAAAAUGCCCUUACAGUCCGCAUUGUUACGUUAUUUAAUACAACAACAAAAGAGAAUGAAUCUCUCAUGGCCAUUGGCACUGCUUAUGUGCAAGGAGAGGAUGUAGCUGCUCGUGGACGAGUGCUUCUGUUUUCUUUUGCCAAAACUAAUGAGAGCUCCCAAAAUCUGAUUUCAGAAGUCUACUCUAAGGAGCUGAAGGGUGCCGUCUCAAAUUUAGCAUCUCUUCAGGGUCACUUGCUUAUAGCUUCUGGUCCAAAAAUCACCUUGCAUAAAUGGACUGGUUCUGAGUUGAAUGGUGUUGCUUUCUAUGAUGCUCCACUGCAUGUUGUGAGCUUGAACAUUGUCAAGAAUUUCAUCUUGUUUGGCGACGUUCAUAAAAGCAUAUAUUUCCUUAAUUGGAAGGAGCAAGGUGCUCAACUAAGCUUGCUAGCAAAAGAUUUUGGACCUUUAAAUUGCUAUGCAACUGAGUUCUUGAUUGAUGGUAGCACAUUGAGCCUUGUCGUAUCGGAUGAUCAAAAGAACAUUCAGAUCUUCUAUUAUGCACCAAAAAUGUUGGAGAGCUGGAAAGGGCAGAAGCUUUUGUCAAGGGCAGAGUUUCAUGCCGGGGCCCUUGUAUCGAAGUUCUUGCGGUUACAGAUGCUUCCCACUUCCUCUGAUCGAUCAGGUGCAACUGUGCCUGGCUCCGAAAAGACCAACCGUUUUGCUCUUCUGUUUAGCACGCUGGACGGUAGCAUCGGCUGCAUCGCACCGCUUGAGGAGCUCACAUUCCGUCGGCUUCAGACUCUGCAAAGGAAACUAGUUGAUGCUGUUCCUCAUGUUUGCGGCCUGAAUCCUAGAUCAUUCCGGCAGUUCCAUUCUAACGGGAAAGCACAUCGCCCUGGUCCCGAUCAUAUGGUGGACUUUGAGCUUCUUUCUCAUUAUGAGAUGCUGCCAUUGGAGGAACAGCUGGAAAUUGCUCACCAAAUCGGAACGACCCGGUCGCAGAUCCUUUCCAAUUUUAAUGAUCUCUCACUGGGAACGAGUUUUCUGUGAGCAUCUCUUGCAACUGAAAUGUUCUAGAGGAUUAUACAACCUUCCUGUAACGUUUGAGGUCAAACACACUGUCAACAUAGGAGCCGAUUCUGUUUGGUCCAUGGUGCCCCCAACCUUUUGUUCUACAAAGCGAAUGCUCUGUUUUUUGAUCCUUGCGUACGGCAUCAAGUAGUCGAAACAGUUCUUUAGGGGUUUGCACUGACUUGGGCUGCCUGUAACUUAUUACAUUGUCAAUUGAAAACCUCUGUAUAGUUAAUCCUAACCUUAAUUCCUUGCUACUCUCUCUCUAGUUUAUGAUGUUUUUAUGUGCUUAUAUCUUGCAAUUUGAACCAGGAGAAGUGAACUACCUUAA